GCCUGAUCUAGCAGCCUUUUACCGCUGGCAAGUGAUUUGGAACAAACGGAGAAAUACCCUUUACGCACAGAGCACUUGGAGAGAAGCGCAGCGCGGCGAUACAUUUUCGGAGAAAAAUAGAGUUAACUGUGAGCGGAGGCGUCUGAGUGGGCAUGUGGCUUCUGGAGAAGCUCCGCAGCUCUGUGGAGAGCAGUGGGACAAAAUCGAAGUCCCCACACACAACACAGGCCAUUCCUGUCUAUGUAUAUGCCAACGUACUCACUCCAGAAAAGAUCCCUGAUUUCUUCAUCCCCCCCAAACUUAUUUGCUGCCCACCAGAGGAGUCUCUUAUCCAAGAGUCUAAGAACUGCUCCACAUUACGACCCUCUGUGUCUGACCAUGCCAUCUGCAGCCAGAGUCCCAAAGCUCGGAGCAGCAACAACCCCAGCAGCCCUGGCCUCUUUUCACGCCUGGGAGGGGACACACGCAACCUCCAGAGGUCAGCCAACCGCCACAUCAUCCAAAUAGAGAGUGCUGAUGAUCCAGGUGCCGGAUCUGGGGACAGAGCCAGUGUCAACACGAAUGCUGACCCUCAGUCACAGACUGCAAUGUCUCUGCCGUAUGUGCCCAAAGCUCAGACUUCAUAUGGCUUCUCCACCCUGGUGGAGUCUCCUCACACCCGCCGCAAGGAGAGCCUGUUCCACAGCGACCCGGGCAGCCCUCUCACCUCCCCAAACUCCCAGAGGCGCACCCAAGGGGGGACCCUUCUGGCCCCAUCUGACUGCAACCCCUACCGCUAUUUUAGCGGUGGAGAAAGCGACACCUGCUCCUCAGCAGAGUCAUCCCCGUUUACCUCCCCUCUCCUGUCCCGCUCUGCCUCUCUCCUACGCGCCAUCACCCAGGAGACACAAGCCAAGGUGUCUCGUGCCAAGCGCUCUCUGGCACGCCACAGUUCUCUCUCCACUGAUGAAUGCAGUUCAGCAGACAAUAGUCCCAACAUGCAGCGCCGCCGGCUGCGCUGCCCCCCCUCUCCAGCUUUUCGUGGAUGUAAAAGCCGCAGCUCAAGGGCUGCAGAUUCAGACCUCCUGCAGCGCGAGCACACCAUCAACCUCCACAAGGGGGGGUCACUGAGGCUGAGCACACACUAUGAGCCAGAGGCAUCUCGUCUGAGGGUGCGCGUGCUGACAGCCGAGGCCCUCUAUGACAGGCAGACAGACCUUAAAAGCAUCAACUGCUGUGUGGCACUCUACCUGAACCCUGGCAAGCAGCAAAAACAGAGAAGCACCAUCAUCAAGAAUAGCAGGAAUCCAGUUUUCAACGAGGACUUCUUUUUUGACGAGCUGUCCCAGGCACAAGUAAAGAGCCUGGCCAUGAAGAUUAAGGUAGUGAACAAAGGAACCAGUCUGAGGAGAAACGUGCUUCUAGGAGAAAGGGAAGUGCUGCUCAGUGAGCUGCUGGCAGGCCUCUAGGGAGCCACUGUCAAGACUGCGGGUGAAAACAAGUAGCUCCAAAUCUUAAGGGGCCAUUCCUCUCUCUCUGGCUACCCUUUGAUCACACUGAACAUAUGUGAUAAAUACUGGGCAGGGUAAAAGUUACAGAUGACCAGGCAGUUGAAUCUUGCACACUGUGUUAUGUACUGUACAUAAAGAGACAAACUCAAGCCCCUGUAGAAUACAAAUUCACUGUCCUGGUUCACUACCAAGAUUACCAGUCAAUCAGCAAUGUGAAAAGUGGAGAAAUUGUCCUUGUUUUUUGUAUUCUCUUGAAGUAUUGAGUUACAUAAUGUGUUGCGUUCUCUCAUGAGCAUUGUAAUGCUGUGCCUCAAUAUCAUGUCAGCUGUGAUGCAGUGAUGAUCUGGCUGGAGCUGUAGUUUUUGUAAUAAUGUAGUAAUAUUACGUGUGGGUUUUGCACGUUCCUGUGGAAGAUAAUAACGCCUCUGUGUAGUUGAAAGAGUUUAUAUUUGGAAAAUGCAUUUUGCUAGUGGGUGUUAUGUUAAUAUGACUGUUGUUAUGUGACGUGCUUUUGAACGUAAGAAUAAAAACACUAAACUCUCA